GGGGAAUGCUGAUUUCAGCCUUGUAGCGUCAGGAUUGCGUCAAUUCGGGUUUCAACCACGUCUGGAGUCUCAGAGACGAGCUUUUCAGAAGAGCCAAAACAGGAACAGCAGUGGCAAAUCACUGUGCGAGGGCGAGUGGACCUCCCUCUCUGCCUCCUCCCUGUUCCCGGCGCAGGUCCCCUGGGCUCUGCGCUGUUGUUUUCAGCACUCGGGAAAGCCGGCUCUUCAGAUCCAGGCAAGUGAAACAAGCCUGGGAGUUUUCCUUUCAGCACCUCGGACAGAGCACGCAGCAAAUUUAAAAAAAAAAAAAAAAAAAUGGCUCCGAUCUCUACCAGCCGGGAAGAUUUUGAUGAAAUCCCUGCCGUGGUGGGGAUCUUCAGUGCAUUCGGCCUCGUCUUCACAGUCUCUCUCUUUGCAUGGAUUUGCUGUCAGAGAAAAUCAUCCAAAUCUAACAAGACUCCUCCCUACAAGUUCGUGCAUGUGCUAAAAGGAGUUGAUAUUUAUCCGGAAAACCUAAAUAGCAAGAAGAAGUUUGGAGGAGAUGACAAACAUGAAGUAAAGAAUAAGCCGACUGUGCCAAAGAAUUCAUUGCAUCUUGAUCUGGAGAAGAGAGAUCUCAAUGGCAAUUUUCCCAAAACAAACCCCAAAGCUGGCACCACUUCUGAGUUGGAGAACGGGAUCUCAAAGCUCUUUCCAGAAGGAGAAAAAGAAGCAGUUUCUCCUGCUAGCUUAAAGUCUAGCACUUCCCUUACUUCAGAAGAGAAACAAGAGAAGCUGGGUACCCUCUUUUUCUCCUUAGAGUACAACUUUGAGAAGAAAGCAUUUGUGGUGAACAUCAAGGAGGCCCGUGGUCUGCCAGCCAUGGAUGAACAAUCUAUGACCUCUGACCCAUACAUCAAAAUGACAAUCCUCCCAGAGAAGAAGCAUAAAGUGAAAACCAGAGUGCUGAGAAAGACCUUGGACCCAGCAUUUGAUGAGACGUUCACAUUCUAUGGAAUCCCCUACACCCAGAUUCAAGAGUUGGCCUUGCACUUCACCAUUCUGAGCUUUGACAGGUUUUCAAGAGAUGACACCAUUGGAGAAGUCCUUAUUCCUCUUGCAGGAAUUGAAUUGUCUGAUGGAAAAAUGUUAAUGAACAGAGAGAUCAUCAAGAGAAAUGUUAGGUCCUCAGGACGUGGGGAGUUGUUGAUCUCUCUGUGCUAUCAGUCCACUACAAAUACCCUCACUGUGGUCGUCCUAAAAGCGAGGCAUCUGCCUAAAUCCGAUGUGUCUGGGCUUUCAGAUCCCUAUGUCAAAGUGAACCUGUACCACGCCAAAAAGAGAAUCUCCAAAAAGAAGACUCACGUGAAGAAGUGCACCCCCAAUGCAGUAUUCAAUGAACUAUUUGUCUUUGAUAUUCCUUGUGAGGGUCUUGAAGAUAUAAGUGUUGAAUUUCUGGUUUUGGAUUCUGAAAGAGGGUCCCGAAAUGAGAUAAUUGGGCGGUUGGUGCUGGGUGCAUCAGCAGAAGGAACCGCUGGGGAACACUGGAAGGAGAUUUGUGACUUCCCCAGGAGACAGAUUGCCAAGUGGCACAUGCUCUGUGAUGGUUAGAAACCCAGCCAUGAGUUGGAAUUUAAGGAUUUUUACUAGGCAAGGAGGAUUUUUAUUUCUUAAAUGUGAUUGUAAGCUUGUGACAGAGCAAGCUACCAUUUUUUGUUUAGAAGUGGAUUGACUUUGUAGACCAGAAAGUAACUAUAAAUGUGUAUCAUGAUAAUUUCCCCCUUUAUUAGAGAAGUUGGAUAAAUUUUCAUAAGAUGUUCAACUUCCAUUACAGAUUGCCAGUGAUAUAAAUAGGAUCAGAUUAACUUUUUAUGAACACUGUACCACAAUCCAAAGUUCUGGUAAUACUUUCAGAAAUGAAUAUGUCACUGGAAGUCUAAGGGAUUAACAUUUAAAGAUGAAAAUCAUACCUUCUCUUAUGGAAAUUAAUCCAUCUUUCUUCAGGUUGGGGAAAUAGUUUUCUUUAAAUCCAAAGAUAAAAAGAAAUGUUCUCUAGUUUGUUUUUUAUUAUAAUGUCUUGUGCAAAUGGUUGUCUGAAUAUAAAAUAUCUGAUCAUUUUUCUUUGCUCUGUAAUUAUUUAAUACAAUUUUAUCAUAACAGGAGAAAUAUAGGGUCAUUUCAAAAGGGCAGUGAAUAGGAUGAGAAAUAAUUUUCUCAAAGGGCUGAGCUGAGAACACUGUGGCUGAAAUUUGACUUUCUUCCCUCUAAGGUUACAUGUGAGUCAAAAUGUAAAAUAUAACCUCACAUCAAACCCAUGGCCUUGUAUUCUUCACUGCCUAUCACAAGUUUCAGUGUGGCCUAAGAAACCCUUGUUUACCUUUGUGAAGUUGUUGAAUUAGCUAGGUGAUAAAGAAAUAAAUUGUAGCUAGAAAGUCAGUUAGGAACACAGUUUUCUUGUAGGAAAUAUGUACAGUGUGCAAGUAUAAUUUCAAGGCCAUCUUUUGUACCUACAAUAUGCAUGGCCACAUAAGUCUUUGUCUAACUUGUGCUCCUCAAGAAAGGACUAAACUGUUUGGAGAAGAAAAAAAAAGAAAGAAAGAAAACCCCAUGAUGUGUUAUUCAGUGCCAGAUUGAAACCAACAAACAAAGACUAAACAUUAAAGAGCAAGCCUAACAUAAUUUACAUAUGUUCACAACAUAUAGCAGUACUGCAGGCUGUGAAAUUAGCACAAGAAAGUGUGUUUUUCACUAUUUUUUUCUAGGCUAGCGUCUUGAGCUGUUCAAUAUAAGACAGUGAAGACUUAUAUGUUGUACUGUUUUCUAGUGCUAAGGUCCAUUCAAAACCUAUUGGAGGAAAGCAGUACCCUGUUAUCACUUGGAAAGUGUUAACUUAAGGAUGAUGUCAGUAUAAUUGAGUUUUUAGAGAAGUGUGAGUAAAACUUGGGUACAGCUGAAUUAUUAAAUAUGCAAGAAUAAAGUCUACUGAAAAAUUUACAUUUCAAGUCAGGUUUUGUGUCAGUACUUUAACAGUUUUUGAGAAUGUGUUUGAUAUCACAGUGUUUGUAAAUUCUAUGAAAAUGCAUUUUCCUAACAACUUAUACAUGCUUUUUAUGACUAUGCCUAGUGUAACGAAAAUGUAUUACAUUCUAUGUGUACAAAGACUGAAAAUCAACUUCUUUUUGUGCUUUAUGAUGACUUUGGGAUUAAAAACUGAAUACUCCCCAAUCAUGGUCUUCAUUCCACUGCAAAGUCAUCUCAUAUCAUCUUGGUUCACUCAGCAUUUCUGCGAAAGUAACUCAAAUCAACUGUACUCAGUGUGGACUUUGGGGAAGCCAAAUGGCCUUUUUAUGUACGUAUGCUUGGUAUCACGGGCCAUAGAAAUGAUAUAUUUUGGAGCUCUGUAACGUUACAAGGAGUUGGUUGUAAGAGUCCUACAUAACAGCCAGAGGUUAAUGGUGAUACCAGCUGUGCUAUGUUUAUUGGAAGGGAUGAUUCUGCUUUUUAAAGUGGAAUGACAAAACCAACAACACAUACUUUUAAAAUUACAGUGGGUAAUUUGUAAAUAGUUUUUUAGUUUUAAUAUUUCCAGUGUUUUGAGUGUGAAAAGUGAAGUAAAACUAUUUCAAACUGGUUUUAUGAAAAGAGCUGAGAAAAGCAAGGAAGGAAUUAAAACAGGCAGGGAGAUACACAAUCUCUUCAUUUCUGCAAAUUGUACUGUUUUAUAAUCUAUUACAAUACCAGUGUGAAUAUCUUGAAUUCUGUUAGAAACCCUGCACUGUAUUGAACUUGUAAAUUAACUGUUUGUUUGAUUAGUCAAUCUCACCGCCCUAACAGGGAGGUAUCUAUGUUUGAAGAACUGUGUAACUCAGUAACCGACUUGUUCUGAUGUCAUAGCUCAAUAGAAGUGACUUGGAAGGAAGCAUGGUGUACAAGAUGGUGUCUGUUCUUUUGUGCCAGCUCUGUAUGAUGUUUGUACGACCGCAUUUGUAAGACAUGAAUAAAUUGCUGCUUUUGCCCAA